GAAAAUGCCAUAAAACUAAAGAAAAAAGUGGAGUCAUAACAACAAAUUAAUGUUUACAUUGCUGCUCCGGAGGGCAAACAGAAGAAAGAAAAAAAAGGAGUCGCCAUUGCUGCCAUCGUCGACGUUGUCGUCGUCGUCGUUGUUGUUGUCGUCAUCAUCUUCAACAUUGUUGCUUGAGAUUUGGCCCGGACGAGGCCUAGAAGAAGCUAAUUGUCAUAGCCAUGCAUCGUUCACUCAAACCGCACACAUCGACGGCACAAGCUAAGAAGGUGCAACCACCGACAAUACCAGGCGACCAGCAGACAUCAUCACAUCAUCAACAUCAACAUCAGCAGCAGCAGCAGCAAGCUUUGAUACCACUCUAUAGGCUAAGUGGGCCAUUGCGUCAUCAUCAGCAACAGCAGCAGCAGCAACAACAACUACAACAAAUACAGCAACAGCAAGUGGAUGAUGGCAUUGGUGGCAUGAAUAUGAGUGGAAACGGCAUUGUCUCAUCGCCCUCUCUGGAAGAGGGCGGCUUUAAUUUGCCCCGCGAGACUAGCGUGGCCUUGCGCAUGAAAGAUGAGGCAACUGUAGCUGGAGUAGGAGUAGGAGCAGGAGUCCCUGUAGCUCCCCCAUCAACGGGUAAAUCCUCGGCUCCAUUAUCAAGCAUUGUGCCAUGCCCACCGCCUGUUUUUUGUGCCACUCUACGCGAGCCAUUGACCCAUAAGGCGGCUGUUUACUAUCAUCAGCAGCUGGCCCUGCAAGAGGAUCAAGGCAUUGAUCUAACACAAUCGCCAGGACGCGAUUCACCAGGUUCAUCAUCAGGAUCGGCUGGUUCUGGCUCACGCCAUAGCACGGCCAGUUUAGAUUCUGGUCGUGCCUCUUCAUAUCUAACUGGAGUCUCCUCAUCCGGAGCCUCGAUACGUGGUGGCGGUGGCAAUGGAGCCGCCCCCCUUUCCUCGCCCCGUUGCAGUUCCGUUAGCUCCUGUUCCAUUGGCAGUGUGGAUAGGCAACGUAAUGAUGAACUAAUCAUCGAUUGGCUGCUCGAAAUGAAGCACGAGGAAUACGCCCAACUCUUCAUUGCGGCCGGUUAUGAUCUGCCAACCAUAGCUCGCAUGACCCCAGAGGAUCUCACCGCGAUUGGCAUUAAGAAUCCGCAUCAUCGAGAGCGAAUCAAACAGCGUAUUGAUAAAUUGCAGGUUCUCGACAAUUUGCCGCAUUUUGUGCCGGGCUCCAUUGAGGAAUGGUUGCAGCUGUUACGUCUGGAGGAGUAUAUACAGCCGCUGCUCGAACAGAAUUAUAAGACAGUGCGUGAUGUCACCCAAGUCACUUGGGAGGAUCUCGAAGACAUCGGCAUUGUCAAAUUGGGGCAUCAAAAGAAAAUUCUAUUGGCCAUUAAGCGUGUCAAGGAUAUCAUAAGCGGCAAAUGGAAUCCUGGUGGUGCUAAUGCCUAUCAACAACAGGAAUACCCAAGAAAACCGUGGCAAUUAAAUGUGCCCAUUCCGAGUACGCCAUCUUAUGUGCCAACCACACGUGUCUCCUGGGAUGAUGCGAAAAUCUAUGCGAAUGAGGGGGGCCCCCCCAAUGGUUCUUCAUCUGGUCAAGGAUGGCGGUGCUAUUACCGUGCUGGCGACAAUCAUGAGUGCUGCACGGACACGGGCACGGGCGACGAUGUGGUGCUCAUUAAGGUGCGUCAACCGCGUGGUAAGAGUCUGGAAUCGCUGGAGGAUAUACAUGACAACAGCACGCGCAGCCAUUUGACCUUUAGCCAUUAUACGACCACAGAUUAUGGUCACUUUGGACAACCAACCACAACGGCAGCAGCGGCCUUACUGCAACAACAGCAUCAUCAACACCUCCUACAUCAGCAGCAGCAACAGCAACAACAACAACAACAGCAGGCGGCUGCUGCAGCUCGUCUUCUGGGUAACAAUGCACCAGGCAUUGGCUGGCGGCGUUCCUAUGAUGAUGGCGACAUAACACCCACCAACGAUGCCACACGAGAGCUACUCUACGAGGAGGGAGGCGGCACUUUGCCACGUCAACAACGUGGCAUCUUGCAGAGAGCCGUGCUCAAUACCAUGCCACCAUUGGAGCACCAUCAUUAUAUGAAUGCGGCGGCAGCAGCCGAGUAUGGAGCAGCCACCGUAGGCGACGGAGGAACGACCUACCUAAGCGGCAGUCCAUUAACUGGCAAGAAGAUAGCCCCAGAGCCACCUAGACGUCAUUGCAGCAUACGUAACUCUCGCACGCUAAGCGGAGAGGGAGGAAUUGUAGCUGCCAAUCAGGCAAAGGAUCCCAAUGCCACCCAACAACAGCAGCAGCAACAGCAACAGCAAUCGCAGCACAUGUUCUACUGGCAACAGCAGCAACAACUGCAACAGCAGCAACAGCAACAGGCAGGCAACUGCCAGCAACCAAUCUAUGCCAACUAUGCCACCAUACAGCAGACCACAGCGGAGAUCCAUUGCGAGAAAUAUCACGACAAUAAAUCAAAUUCCAGCAUCGAUUCGAUUGACACUAUACCGUUUGCCAAUGAGAACACCGGCACCAUUAAACAGCGUCUGCACAACACACCGAACAAUACAUCGCUUCCUGCCCACUUGCAUUCCUCUAGCUCCAGUUCCAGUUCAUCCUCCACCAAUACUAUAGCCAAUAUAGCGCAUUCCUUUCACUCGUUGAAAUCGUCCAGUUCGCUGCAUGACGCCGCCGCAUUGGCUCGCAGUGAGAGCAUGGGCAGUUCAGUGAGUGGCGCCCUGCAUUUACGUUCACCGACUCUGGACUCAGUUGGUGCAGCUGCCGUAGAGGCAACAUCGCCGCCACUUGAGGGCGAUGCUGCUACUGCAGCUGGAUCGGUGCAAGCACCACCAGCAGCACCGCCAUUAACAUCCAACACCAUUCCACCAAAAGUAUCGGCAAAUGUGCUUAACGACAUUGGCAAUAUGUUGGCCAAUCUAACCGAUGAACUGGAUGCCAUGCUUGAGGAGGAGAAACGUGUUGGCCUCAACAUCGACAGUGAAUAGGCGGACGAGGCCGCCCAAGCAAAAUGAAUGAAAAGUUUCCUUAUGCAACCAACAAACAACUCCAAUCAAAAAUGAGAAAAACAAAAACAAAA